AUGGAUGCUCGUAGCUGUGGCAGUGUGGAAGGACUGAGUAAACUGCAGCUCUGGCACGUCUUCGAUCUGGAUGCAUUCAACGCUUAUCUACACAGAGAACCCAGCCCAUCUGAGCUCACCUUCAGGGUGCCCACUAGACACAGCUUUCUUCUGAUAUCCAUUAAAACCUUCUGCAGCCUUCGACGUUGCCCUUCCGUCUUCACCUCAGCCAUGUUGGAUUUUAGCUUCAGUGCUGCUCCCCUGGGCUCAGACCCCUCCAGUAUUCUGCUUUUGUUUAAGAACCCAGGAAGUAUUCCUGUAGAGUGGUCAUUCUUGCUCCCAGAGGACCAACAGAUUGAGCUGGAGUACUGGGCUGAGACUGGAGAUUUCAGUCCAUCUGAGCUCCACCCGAUGAAGAUUCAGGACCACCGGCUCUUCUCUAUCUCCCCACACUCCGGUAAACUCCUGCCUGGCCAACAGAGGACAGUGCGAUUCACAUACAGACAUGACUUUGUGGGGACAGAUCGUCUUCCUGUCUUGUUGAAACUUUCACACGGAAGAGAGAUACU